UGGUCAGGUCAGCUAAUUAACCAUGGUUUCAGGAACCCACGUUAAGCAAUUGUGAGUUGAGUGAGAGACUAUGUAUCUGUAUCUCUAUAUAUACAUAUUUGAUAAUAAUAAUAAUAAUAAUAAACAUAUGAAUGAAUUGAAGACUAUGAUAUAAUGUUUGGUGAAGGGAGCUUUAGGAAACGAAGGCCGGCCACGUGGAUGUCGAUGGUGGACAAAGUGGUGGUGGCCGUGAAAGCUGAGAGAGUCAUCUCCAAGGCCGCACUUGCCUGGGCUCUUACUCACGUUGUUCAUCCCGGCGAUUCCAUAACUUUGCUCGCAGUUUUACCCUCCCACACAACCACUACAAGGAGGAGUAGAUUCUGGAGAUCAUUUCCGAUACUGGCGGGAGACUGUGGGAGCAGCCACCCUCACCGGGAGAAGCUAUGCGAUCGGAUUAGUGAGAUCUCGGAGUCAUGUUCCCAAAUGGUGCUUCAGUAUCACAACCAAAUCGAGGUGACGGUGCGGGUGAAGGUGGUGUUAGAUACACUAGCGGGUGCUGUGGCGGCUGAAGCAAAGGGCAAUGAGGCCAACUGGGUCAUACUGGACAAAAAAUUGAAGCAAGAGCUAAAGCACUGUGUAGAGGAACUCCGCUGCAACAUUGUAGUGAUGAAAGGGUCGCAACCAAAAGUGUUGAGACUCAAUUUAGGAUGCUCAGACCAUGGUGGUGGGAGUGGGCUGGAAACCCCAUUCUUUUCAGCUGCUUCUUCGCCAGUUAUGGACAUUCGAAAGUUGAAAUUGGGCCAUAAGAUGAAGCAUUCCACUCCGGUGAGCAGCCCUGAAGAAGAAACAACUACAUCCUGCGCAAGAACAAGAGAAGGCUCCAUAUCGAGUUUCAACAGCGCCGCCUCUAUUUUCCUUGUCUACGAACAGAAUCCUCUUUUCGAAGGUCCGCACAAUGGGACUUAUAGACUAAUUGAUGAGGAGCAAAAUGAUGAUUUGGAACUGGAAGAAUCAUUAUCAGCUAUGGACUCAAAUAAACAUGAAAGUGUUAUAACUCUUUCUAAAAUUCCAACAUCUGUGGCUUGGAUUCCACAAAGCCACGCCCUUGAGCUUGAUGUAGGACAGCUGCCUAUUAAGCCUCCUCCUCGUAAUAAUGGCAACAAAAAUCAUGUGUUUUCCUCUGCCACUACUAGCAGUAAUAGUAGUAGUAGUACUCUGUUUUAUCAAGAUCAUGUGACACCAGCUGCAGGUAGAUCAAUAAAGAAAAGGGAAUAUACUAUCAAUUCAAGCAUUAGGGAUGCCGUUUCUCUAGGAAGAACUUCCUCAGUACCUCCUCCACUUUGCUCAACAUGUCAACACAAGACACCGAUGUUUGGAAAGCCUCCAAAACAAUUCUCGUACAGAGAGCUAGAGGAAGCUACAGAAGGGUUCUCACAAAAAAACUUUGUUGCUGAAAGCGGGUUUGGUGUGGUUCACAGGGGAACACUGAGAGAUGGACAGGUUGUCGCAGUGAAGCAUUUGAAGUUUUGUGGGUCUCAGGCCGAUGCUGACUUCUGUCGCGAAGUUCGGGUUUUGAGCUGCGCACAACACAGGAACGUUGUGUUGCUAAAUGGGUUUUGCAUUGAGGGCAAUAUGAGGAUGUUGGUUUAUGAGUACAUAUGCAACGGCUCCUUAGACUUUCAUUUACAUGGAAACAGAGCCCCUUUAGAAUGGCAUGCGAGGUUAAAGAUAGCAACAGGCACAGCCCGUGGCUUACGGUAUCUUCAUGAAGAUUGUAGAGUGGGGUGUAUAGUCCACAGAGAUCUACGACCCAAUAAUAUCCUCCUAACGCAUGAUUUUGAACCUAUGGUUGCAGAUUUUGGGCUUGCUAGGUGGCACUCUGAGUGGGACGUCAGUACGGAGGUUCAAGUGUUUGGUUCAGCAGGGUAUCUUGCACCGGAAUAUGUAGAGGGUGGAGAAAUUACGCAUAAAGUUGAUGUGUAUGCGUUUGGGUUGGUUCUUUUGGAGCUGAUGACUGGGCGCAGAAUCAGGGAGUUGCAACAUGCAAAUGAAGAGCUUUUUUUGGCUGAUUGGCUCACUCCAUUAGCUACUAUGGAAUCAUCAUAUUAUCAGUUACUUGAUCCCACCUUGGCUGUUAUUAGUACUUCUGACCAAUCCAGUACUACUUCUACUACUUCUACUACUACUGAUUUCCUUCGUCAGUUAGAUGCCAUGGGGCGAGCUGCUUCCUUGUGUCUUCGUCGAGAUCCAGACUCCAGACCCCAAAUGUCCAAGGUUCUGAGAGUGCUAGAAGGAGGAGAUGUAGUGGUUCCAGCGGGUUCAACCUCAAUCGGUAGUAGAAGUGGUCACUUGAAUGGUUUAAGUUCACGCCCAAAACCUGAACUCAGAGUCAGUCAUUCUCGUAGGCUGUCACACUAAUUAAAAAUAGAUUUCGUACGGUAUAACAAUGAAUCUGUGGUCGUGGAUUGGACCUUGCUCUUUAUAGUUUUUAUAUAUAAUUUAUGUGAAAAAAAAGCUCCAAAUUUAUUCAUCGUUAUUUAUUACCAUUGGAUUUGCAUUUAUAUUGGGAUAGUUGUACUACUAUUAUGAUUACAGGAAAAGAAAUUAUGGUUUAGCCAUAAAUGUCUUCUACCUAUCGUAGCAUUAAUAUUUGUUGUCACACGUGAUAUACAUAUAUUACUGAAAUUUUAGGCUUUGUAGGAGUGGUUUAUUUAGUGAUGUUCACACUCUGUUUUCUUUUGUAACAUUUUCGCAAGUUCAUUAUAUAUAAUUAAAAGAAUUUCUUCA